UUCCCUCUUCAUUUCGCUCAUCGUGUUUCUCAAUUCCUCACCCCUUCGCGAUUUUAGUCUCCUCCCAGAUCGUCUCUUGCUCCGAACUUCGGCACUGUUGCGCAGUGUCAGAACUCUAGCUUCGUGUAGUGCUUCAGUUUGGUAUUGGGUAGAAUAAUGGCUCGGACGAAGCAGACUGCGAGGAAGUCCACGGGAGGGAAGGCGCCUCGCAAGCAGUUGGCUACGAAGGCUGCUCGCAAGUCGGCACCAGCCACAGGAGGGGUGAAGAAGCCUCACCGGUACAGACCCGGAACUGUGGCUCUGCGUGAGAUCCGCAAGUACCAAAAAUCUACCGAGCUUCUUAUCAGGAAGUUACCGUUUCAGCGUUUGGUUCGUGAGAUCGCCCAGGAUUUCAAGACUGACUUGAGGUUUCAGAGUUCAGCAGUCCUGGCGUUGCAAGAGGCCUCCGAGGCUUACUUGGUUGGAUUGUUUGAGGAUACCAAUCUUUGUGCAAUUCACGCAAAGCGCGUGACAAUCAUGCCGAAAGAUAUUCAGCUGGCGCGGCGGAUUAGGGGAGAGCGGGCGUGAGCUUUGAUUGUCUCUUGGAUCCAACUUAGUUACUUGAUCAUUUUUUUUCAGGAGUGACGAAACUUUAGGAAUGUUGGUGGUUGCUGAAGUAGUUUUGUUACCUCGUAGAUUUUUCGAGUCUCCUCUUCUUUAGCUUCCUGAUGCUGAGACUAGGAAGAUCUUGUAAAUACUUUUACUGCCUCUGGGACCUGCGGAAAUUGAAUUCAGUCUCGCGUAACUCCGAU